AUGGGCGGCCGAAUCGUCGAUAUUCCGUUAAUUCCGUCCGGCCUAUCACGCGAUGACACGUAUCGCCAUAUCCACCACUCGCUCCUCCUCCUGCAGCAAGUGUCAGAGGCCGUGCUGCAGCGAGUGCAGCAGAGGGUUGACGAGGAGGCAAAGCUAGUUGCUGACAUCAGCAAGAGAGUCACAACCGCAAGCAACCAGGUGGAUUCUCUCCUCUCCACCAGAGCAUCAAUCCACAUACAAUCCCCUGUGUCUCUACCAACCCCAACAACAAGACUCACGAGACUGACUAGUCAACCCCCCCAUGUGCACAACGAUGCAAGCCUCACCACUGCAGGCUCUUCCUGCGGUCUUCUCUUUCCCACCACAGUACCACUCCUGCUGGAAGCAGAAGCAGAAACUGCCAUACCCGGAGCUACCAGAGCUACUAGUGCUAGCAAAGCUACCACUGCCAGUGUUGCACAAUCCGCGAACGCUUCCCAGAACCUUCCUGGACAGCCACUUCCCGCACCACCCGCACUCCCGGCUUCCCUAGCUUCAGAAAAAUCCUUUAUAAGCACUUCUUCCUCUGCUGAAACCCUUGCUGGUGACUAUAUUGAAGGGGAAAGCACACCUGCAGCGGAUAGCAGCGUGGGGGAUCCGAGGGGGUUUCUGGCCGCUCCCCAACUGGCCGCUUUCUUUGCAACCUCCUCCAUCGCUGCUGCAGGGAUUCCUAGUACCUCUGUGACAGGGCUUCCCAAUUUUAGAGGGGAUUUGGCUGUCACAGGGGUAUCUGCUGCUCCUAUGUCCCGGGCUUCUGGUGGAGAUGGGGCAGGAGAGGGAGCUGUAGGAGGAGUGCUUUUAUCGGGUAAAGAAGGAGGAGUGAGAAGGGAGGUGCUUCUGCCUAACCCCCCUGGGGGGAUGAUGCUUCUCAGUGACUUGUUGCCUGCUAGCAGUGCCACGUCCCAUGGCACCUCGCUCGAUUCGCGAGGCACUGCCGCUGGUGAAGGUGCGAAUUCGGGAGUGGAAGAGGCAAGAGAAUCUCGCGCGUUUGGCAUGCGUGCAGCCACUACUACGGCAGAGCGGUGCCUUGAGCUGCUGCAGCAGCCGCUUACUCCCUUGGCAAUGUCGGAGUUCCAGUUUCAACCUCAGCUCUCAAAGGCACUCGACUUCGCACUUCCGGAUUCCUUGCCACUCCCUUUCGGGGCAUCUCCUGGUGAUUCUCCUGGUUUUCUUGGCGGAUCUGAUGAGUCAUAG